UCAAGUCAUCAACCAGAAAUUUAAGCUCGAUUGUUGGUUUCUUCUCGUUUGACACCGCAGCUAGCCAUGACGAUCGGCGUCUGCUACGGCGUGGUGGCCAACAACCUCCCGCCGGCGAACGACGUGGUGCAGCUCUACAAGUCCAAGGGCCUCACCGGCAUGCGCAUCUACUUCACCGACGCCAAGGCCCUCUCUGCGCUCCGCGGCUCCGGCAUCGCCCUCAUCCUCCACGUCGGCGGCACCGACGUGCUGGCCAACCUCGCCGCCAACGCCUCCAACGCGGCGAACUGGGUCCGGGACAACGUGCGGCCCUACUACCCGGCGGUCAACAUCAAGGACAUCACCGCCGGCAACGAGGUCCUGGGCAGCGACACGUGGAACAUCGUCCCGGCCAUGCGGAACCUCAACUCGGCCCUUGCCGGCGUAGGCCUCGACGCCAUCAAGGUGUCCACCCCGAUCCGGUUUGACGCGGUGACCAACACCUUCCCGCCCUCCAACGGCGUGUUCGCGUAGGCCUACAUGACAGACGUGGCCCGGCUCCUCGCGAGCACCGUUGCGCCGCUGCUGGCCAUUAACCUCCUAGACAACCGCUUGGUCUGGGUUGCACAACCGCUUGUCCCAGCUGGACAUUAACCUCCCGGACGAGGCGGUCAUUGACAGAAUCCUUCAGUC